GCACACCAGAUCAAGCUAGGAGCACCUUUUUUUUGCUUGAUUUCUGACUGAUUUCUAGUCCAGCCCUCCUCAAUGUUGAAUCUGCACAUGGCUAAUAUAGUAAUACGUAUUGAAAUUUCCAAUAUUAAUUUGUGUAAAUUUGAAGAACAAGAUGUGCACAUGCAACCAGGAAUGGCAACACAGAUCGAACUCUUGAAGCUGACCGGCAACUCUAGUGCUUUCUGCAUCAAGUUAGACAUAUUUGCUUGUGUUGUGGCCACUAGCAAACUCAAACCGAUACAGUUACAGUUCAGUUGUUCAGAUUUACACAGAAAAAGAGCACCAGAUUCGAUGUUUAAUAUUACUUCACUGUUCUUGCAUGAACCCGCAGGAAUAUACUUUGGACCGGACAAGAAGUGAAGACUUCAUAAUGGUGUUCAAAAAGAUCAUUUUUGCCACGGCCGUGCUAGCCGUCGCGCUCUCGUCACUAGCAGUUGCUCACGAGACCAAGAAUCCUGCUGCUCCAUCAUCCCCAAUCGAUCUGCCACCCCCGGUGCACCAUGUCGACCUCGCUGAUCUCCUCGACGUAGCCGGCCCAUUCCAGACCUUCCUGAACUACAUGCAAAAGACCAGCGUCAUCGAAACCAUCCAGAGCCAGGCGGACCACACCAAAGCGGGCAUCACCAUCUUCGUCCCCAGGGACCCAGCGUUUGCCGCGCUGAAAAAGAAGAAGAAGAAGAAGAAGACCACGCCUGCCAUUGCCAGCCUCACCAAGGCCCAGCUCAAGUCGCUCCAACUGUACCACGCGCUCCCCAGGUUCUACUCCCUGGCUGAGGUCGGCAGCCUGAGGUGGCUCAGCCCGGUGGCCACCUUCGCCGGCUCGCAGUACACGCUCAACCUCACCGAGGACAUCGGCACCAUUCGGGUGAGGUCGGCGUGGUCGAACGCGAAGAUCGGCAGCACCGUGUACCAGGGGCGUGUCCAAGGGACAGCUAAUACUCUUGGUAGACGAGUUUAUAGUUGCUUAUCAAAUCAUUUUAUGAAUUAUAGCGGAUUAUCCACCACUGCCGUGUACGGGACAGCUCCGGUGGCGGUGUACGAGGUCGACAAGGUUCUCCUGCCGUCGCAAAUCUUCGAGAGCGAGCCCGUGCUCGUGUGA